AUGGAGCCAAGAAAUUACUCACAAAUUAUAGAAUUUCUUCUUCUGGGAUUUUCAGAGGCAACAGAACUGCAGCCCCUCGUAUUUGGACUUUUCCUCUCCAUGUACCUAAUCACUGUAAUUGGAAAUCUGCUCAUCAUCCUGGCCAUCAUCUCAGACUCCCAUCUGCACACACCCAUGUACUUUUUCCUCUCCAUCUUGUCCCUUGUAGACAUCUGUUUCACCUCCACAAGCAUCCCGAAAAUGCUGGUGAACAUUCAAAUGCAGAGCAAAGCCAUUAGCUACACAGGCUGCAUCACUCAGAUGUGCUUUUUAUUGCUAUUUGCAGGGUUAGAUGACUUCCUUCUGGCUGUGAUGGCCUAUGAUCGCUUCGUGGCCAUUUGUCACCCCCUUAACUACACAGUCAUUGUGAACACUCAGCUUUGUGUGUCGAUGGUUCUGGUAUCCAGUGUCAUCAGUGCCCUUCAUGCCUUGUUACAAGCCUUAAUGGUGUUACGGCUGUCCUUUUGUACAGACUUGGAAAUCCCACACUUUAUCUGUGAACUUAAUCAGGUGGUUCAUCAUGCCUGUUCUGACACCUUUCUUAAUGAUGUGGUGAUAUAUUUUGCAGCUGUCUUAUUGGCCAUUGGUCCCCUUGCUGGCAUCCUUUACUCUUACUCUAAGAUAGUUUCCUCGAUCCGUGCAAUCUCUUCAGCUCAUGGGAGGCAUAAAGCAUUUUCCACCUGUGCAUCUCACCUCUCAGUUGUCUCUUUAUUCUAUUGUACUUGCAUAGGUGUGUACCUUAGUUCUGCCACAGUGCACAACUCACACUCAACUGCAGCAGCCUCAGUGAUGUACUUGGUAGUCACACCCAUGCUGAACCCAUUCAUCUACAGUCUGAGGAAUAAGGACAUUAAGAGUGCUCUGAAAAGACUGCUUGGGAGUAAAAGUAGAAAAGAGCCAGUUGCACUAAGACUCAACAAGUGA